AUGACCCGCAAGCUUUUCCCAUCAGUGCUUGCACUCUUCCAGAACAUCUGCCAGCGCUACCCCAACAACAUCGCCGUGCAGGAUGGCCUUGAGACGCUCACAUAUCGCGCUUUGGACCAGCGCUCAUCCGCCCUGGCCCGCCGGCUACAGAAGGCUGGAGCGAGGCCGUCACAGGUGAUCCCGAUACUCACAAGCUCCUGCCUGCACAUGGUGGUUGGCGUGCUGGCUAUCCUGAAGACGGGAGGGAUCUACGUGCCGAUAGACCGCGACCAAUGGCCAAGGGAACGGAUUGACAAUGUGCUGGGCCGGACCAGCACCGGGCUCGCCGUCUACACGGGCAGGCCCAUGGAUAUUCCGGACACUACAUUGGUAAGUGUGGAGGAGGUGGCAGACCAAGACCCGAGCGACGACAGAGAAGAGGCGGUCCCACUUCCGGACGUGGCGACCAUCAUCUUCACCUCGGGCACGACCGGCGAACCCAAAGGCGUCGAGAUCAGGCAGGAAUCAUUGGCGAAGUUCGUCACGACGCCACGAUUCAAUUACGAUGUGACGCCCGAGGACCGAGUGCUGCUCGUCCUUUCCGUGGCUUUUGACGCUUGCAUGGGAACAUUAUUCAGCACCCUUUGCAACGGCGGGACCGUCGUCCUGGCAAACCGGAACAACUUGCAAGAGAAGAGUCGCCAGUGCAGCGUCAUCGUCGCGACGCCAUCCAUCCUCGAGGCUUUGGAGCCGCCCGUGACACAACAAGACUAUCCUCACCUCGACAGGAUGGUUCUGGGAGGAGAGACGGCAUCGAAGCGGCUCUUGGAGUGUUGGGAUGUCUUGAAGAGGCCUAUAUGGAUCGCAUACGGACCCACGGAAGCGACCUGUGCAACCCUGAGCGGGAUUGUGCAAAGAUGUCCCGAAAGCGGAGAGUUUAGGCCAACGAUGCUGGGAACCGCUAUCGAUGGCGCCAGGGUCACAAUCGUGGACGACAGAGGCGACGACAUCGACGCCCUUGACGAAGAAGGGGAGCUUCUUAUCUCGGGCACCGGGCUGGCAAGGGGAUACUGGCGCGACGAGCGGCGGACGGACGAGAAAUUCAUCAUCCACAAUGGCAGACGCGCGUACCGGACAGGGGAUCUGGUGAGAUGGAGCGUCAGCGGGCAAGGGUCGAGGGUCAUUGAGUUCUGCGGACGGCGCGAUCGCAUGGUCAAAGUCAAGGGGUUCCUGGUGAAUCUUGAGCUUGACGUGGACGCGGCACUCCUGGCCAUGGAGCCCAGCCUCAAGGCGGUGCAUUCGGUCAUGAUUGGAAAGAAGCUCUGCACAGCCGUGUCACCACCGGUUGAUGACGCGAAGAAUUUGAGGAUGAGGUGGAUGGCCAGGUCGCCGGCCUAUCUUGUACCCGACCACAUAGUAGGGCUGGACUCUCUCCCGACAACGCCGAAUGGCAAGACGGACCCGCGAAAGCUAGCCCGAAUGCUGGAAGCCAUGGUACCAAGCGCUGAGGGCGAUGCGGGGGAUUGCAAAGACCUCAAGUCUGCCAUUGUCAGCGGGAUGGCCCGCAUACUCGACGUCCCGGUUUCGACCAUCGAUGUCGAUCAGCCGUUUGUCAGCCAAGGCCUCCACUCGCUCGCGGCCGUCAUGCUAUCAUCGCACUGCCGGAGACUGGGAUUUGCCGUUCGCGUCGGAGACAUGCUCGCGGCGCCCUCAAUCAGCAGUCUGCUCCACAGCACGCAGGGCCUGUCGAUAGAGUGCGCCAGCCCAAGCCGCAACAUACGCGAGAGCCCCCUGACAACGUUGCAGAAAGUGCUCAUAUACGACAGCGUGCAGCACAGGAAGGCAAACGUUGUUCAGCACGUGUCGGUGUACCACACGCGCAACAUUCGGCGGCUGCAAGCUGCGUGGCAGACUGUUGUAGCAGCAGAACCCAUCUUUCGCACCGAACUGGACUUGGACACGCAGACCCAGCGGAUUGUCGACGAGGCGCCGUUCCUGUGGAGCGAGCACGACGUAGUCUCGCAGCAAGACAUUGAGCAGAGAUGGGACGAGGCGGCUGGGGCCGCUGGGCUGGGUGCCUGCUUCACUGUCCUGCACUGCCAGGGUGCCGACCUACCCUGCAACGAGAGCAUGCUGAUCUUCUCCAUCCACCACGCUCUGAUCGAUGGAUUCUCAGCGUCGUUGAUCCUGAACAAGGUAGCCGCCGCCCUGGACGGCCGCCCGUUCGAGCCGUCGCCGCCCUUCCCCGCCGCGGUCGAGAGCCUCCAGGCACUCUCGACGCGGACAGCCAUGGAGGCAGACAUGUUCUGGCGGCAGCAGGAAAGGGCCUUCCCCGACGCCGCCGGCGAGAUGCUGCUCCCCAAGCCGCCUUCGGCACCCAGCCCUGACAGUGGCGCUGUGCAUGCUGAACACUCGAUACAGACGGGCAUCGACGUCGCGGGGCUGACCAAGUACGCCCGAGCCUCGCAGACCACGCCGGCAGCAGUGCACUACGCGGCAUGGGCGCUUGUGCUGGCCAGCUACGCGAACGCGGAUACGGUGGCGUUUGGGGCCGUGGUGUCAGCACGAAGCCUGGGGUUCGACGGGGCCGACACCAUCAUCGGCCCCCUGAUCACCACGCAGCCGCUGCGCGUGUCGGUCGACCGGGACGGACCGUCGGCCGGGUUCGUGCAGCACAUGUACCGCACCGUGCAGGCGCUGUCCAGAUUCCAAGCCGCGGAGCGCAAGGGCGAGCCGCUGGCCUUCUGCUCGGCCCUCGCCAUCCAGUUCGACGCGCCUGCGCUGGAGCGCGCGUCCGUCGAGCCGCUGCGGCCGCCCGUGGUCAAGGAAUGUCCGGGGUUGCCGCUCAACGUACUGGUCGAGGGCGACGGGCGGGUCAGGUUCUUGUACCGCCGCGACGCCUUCGCCGACGACCACGUGCGGCACAUGGCAGCCGUCUACCGCAACCUGCUGCAGGCGCUGACCCAGCCGGAGCUCAGCGUGGGCCAGUGCCUGAGGCGUCGCCUGGGCCGGGAGCUGUCGCGGAUGGUGCUCUCCUGCGGCAACCACGGGUCGCCGCCAACGUACGUCGGCGAGUUGGGCGAGACGGUCACCAGCCUGGUCGAAAAGGCGGCCCGGGCCAACGCGGGCGCCGUCGCAGUCGAGCGGGGCGCGGCCAAGCUGACGUACGCGGAGCUGAUGGCGUGCGCAUCGCGGGUGGCGGGCGUGGCGGAGAAGCUCGUCCGGCCUGGCGACGUCGUCUGCGUCGUGGCCGAUCGCUCCAUCAACUGGAUCGUGGGCGUCUGCGCCGCCCUCAAGGCCGGCGCCGUCUACUGCCCGCUGGACGCCUCGCAUGCACCCGAGUACCGCGCUGAGCUGCUCUGGAGCAGCGGCGCCACGCUGUUGCUGUGCACUGAGAGCGCCCAGCUGCAGGACCCCAUGCCCGGUGGCCCCGUGGCCCUGGCCAUUGACCAGAUUCUCGCCAGCGGCGUGCAGCCUUCGCCGUCUGCGCCGCGGCUGCAGAGUGCCAGAGACGCAGCCUUCGUCUGCUUCACCUCGGGCUCGACCGGCAAGCCAAAGGGUGUCGUCUGCGAACACGGCGGCGUCGUCGCCUUCCACGCGGACCCGGAGGUGCGGCUCAACAGCGGGCCAGGCGUGCGCAUCGCGCAGUUCCUGUCGCCGGGCUUUGACGGCUGCGUGCACGAGGUCUUCGCCUCGCUCUGCUACGGCGCCACGCUCGUGCUGAGGACCGAGCCCGACAACCCUUUCUCGCACCUUGGACAUGUCGACGUCGCCAUGAUGACGCCGUCUGUCGCCGCCGGGCUGGACCCGGCCGACUACCCGAACCUGACAUGCGUCUAUUUCGCCGGCGAGCCCGUCCAGCAGCAAACGGCUGACAAGUGGGCGCCCGGCCGGAGGCUGUACAAUUUGUAUGGGCCCACAGAAGGAACGAUAGGAGCCUGCCAGUCGAGGCUUCACGCAGGCAGCCCCGUCAGCGUCGGCCCGCCCGUCCCGUCGACGCGGCUAUACGUUCUGGACGACGCGCUGGAGCUGGCACCGCCUGGCGUAAUUGGCAACAUCUUCAUCGCCGGCGUCCAAGUCAGCCGUGGCUACAUCAACAUGCCCGCCCAGACAGCCCGCGACUUCGUGCCCGACCCGUUCAACCGCACACCAGCAGAACGCAUGUACCGCACCGGCGACCUGGGCUUCUGGGACGCGCGCGGCAACGUGAACGUGUGCGGCCGGCGCGACCGCCAGAUCAAGAUGCGCGGCUUCCGCGUGAACCUAGACGACGUGGGCGCCGUGGCCGCACACGCCAUGCCCGCCGUGACCCGCGCUGUGGCGACCGAGCACGGCGGCAGGCUGGUGCUCUGGGUCGAGCCCGAGGCCGUCGACACGACCGAGCUGGCCCGCCGGCUGCGUCGCGCCCUGCCCCAGCACGCCCAGCCCAAGCACAUCGCCGCCGUGCAGCGCCUGCCGCUGUCGCGCAACGGGAAGCUCGACGCCCGCGCCCUCGCCCUGCAGGCUGCCGCCUUCGAGCCGCCGUGCGGCCAGGCGACGAAGCCGGCGGCGGGCCUCACGCGCUUCGAGGCGCUGCUGGCGCAAGAGUGGCGGCUGCUGCUGGGCCUGGACGCUGCCGCCGCCGUGGCACCCGACGAUUGCUUCACUGCCCUCGGUGGCCACUCGGUGCUCCAGCUCGGCCUCGCGGCGCGCCUGCGCAGCGUGUGCAAGAUCCCUCUCUCGGUCAAGGACGUCAUCAACGCGCCCACGCUCGCCGACCUGGCUGCUCUCGUCGAGAGGCGCGUGCGGGGCCGGGAGGCGGCGCCGCAGCGCGUGUCGCGGGCCCAGCUGCCGCUGGGACGCACCAGGCUCUCGCCCGCCGAGCUCGAGUGGUGGCAUCGCUACCAGGCCGCCGAGACGGCGUGCGCCUUCAACGUGCCCUGGGCCGCCGAGCUGCAGCCCGGCGUGGACCGGCUGCGGCUCGCCGCCGCGCUGGAGGCGGCCCUGAACCGGCACAGCAUCCUCCGCUCGCGCUUCGUGGUGGGCGCCGGCUCCCGGGGCGUGGAGCGGGCCAUCGCCGACGAGCCCAUCACGGUGCAGGUGGUCGAGUCCGUGGACGUCAAGGCCUUUGUCAACCAGCCCUUCGACCUCGCCCACGGCCCGCUCGUGCGGGUGGCGCUGUCGCCGUCGAUCGUGGCCCUCAGCGUCUCGCACAUCGUCUGCGACCUCACGGCGCUGCAGACGGUGCUGGCCGAGGUGGCGACGCUGUACAACGGCGGCGAGCUGGGGCCGGUGCAGCGCGAGUACUUCGACACCACGGCGUGGAGCCAGCCGACGGAGCUGGAGAGCGCCUUCUUCUGGUCCGCAAACCUGCACGGCCUCCAGCUGCGGCGCCCGGAUGACGACGACGACGUGCCGGCCAGGAAGCUGUACCGCGGCACGUCGCAGCUGCUCGCCGUCCCCGCCGACCUCUACCACGGCAUCCUCGCCCUCACCGCCACCAGCGGGCUGACGCUCCACCAGUUCGGUCUCGCCGCCACGGGCGUGGUGCUGCACGCCCUGUGCGGCCGCAACGACGUGGUCCUGGGCAGCCCGUACGUCAACCGCACCUCGGUCGACGACCAGUCCGUCGUCGGCCUCUUCCUGCAGCCGCUCCCCGUGCGCGUGCGGGCGGCGGACCCGCUGGCAUCGACGUCGACGGACGUGCUGCGCGGCGUGCAGUGCGCGUCGCAGAGCUCGCUGGCCCACGCCAUGCCGUGGCCGCGCCUGCUGCAGCACCUCGGCCUGCCCUUCCCUUCGCACCGCCAGCAGCUCUUCGACUGCGUCGUCACCUUCCACGACGACCGCUCCGCCGCCGCCGCCCGCUCGUCGUCCCCGGUCUUCCCCGUCGCCGGCGCCCGCCCCCUGCACGUCUGGACCGAGGGCGCCAAGUUCGCCGUCUUGUUCGAGUGGCACGUCUUUGCCGACCGCCUCUCCGUGCGCCUCGAGUACGACACCGACUGCGUGCCCGCGCUGCUCGUCUCCAUCCUCCAGAAGAUGCUGCUGCUCGCCGUCGACCGGCUGCUGGAUCCGACGUGCCGGUACGAGCAGCUGCUGCGCGGGUUGCAUCUUCUCCUGCAGCAGCAGUGUUUGGCUGUGGGUGCGGACGUGGAGGAGAUGCGCGCGACGGCCGUGAAGCAUCUACGGGGCGUUUGA